AUGGGAUGUUAUAUUAGUCAUAAACCGAAAGAGACAUAUCCUGUUAUUGAAGUUUUUAAUCAUUCUGUUAAUUCUCAUAAAGCAUUCUGUAAGAAUAAUGUUCACACAACAAAAUAUACUUUUUAUUCAUUCCCAUUUAAAUUUAUGUUAGAACAGUUGAUGAGGUUUUCAAAUAUAUUCUUUAUUGUUAAUACAAUACUGACUUGUAUUCCACAAGUAUCUGCAGUUACUCCUAUUACUUAUUCAGUUCCUUUAGCUAUCAUAAUGUUUUCAGCGAUGUUUAGAGAGUUACGUGAAGAUAUUAGAAGAUAUAUUGAUGACAUUAAAGCAGACUUAGUUAAAUAUACAUUAGUUAAUAGAGAAACACAAAAAGAAGUUAAAUCAAGUCAAUUACUUCCUGGUGAUUGUAUUUUAUUAAAACAAGGUCAACGAUGUCCAGCCGAUCUUAUUCCUUUACACACUGAUUCACUUGACCCAAUUCUUAUUCAAACAGCUGAGAUUGAUGGUGAAGUAACACCAAAAGAGGUUUUUGUUCCAAGAAGACUACUUCAAAUAUCACAAGAACAUCUUUUUGAGUCAUCAGUGACUAUUACCUGUGAUGCACCAAAUCCACGGUUUGAUAGUUUUAGGGCUGUUGUUAAAGUAAAUGAAGAUAAAAUUGGAUGUGAUGCUUCUGCAUUAAUGUUUCAAGGAUCAGUUUUACGUUCAAAUGAUUUAUUAUGUUCUGUUGUUUAUACUGGAGACUUUACAAAAUUAGCAUUAAAUAGAGAAAAAAGAAGAAUGAGAUUAUCUGGGACUGAUAAACAAAUGAAUUCAUUUGUUGCUGUUGUUUUCUUAGUUGUUCUUGGAAUAUCUGUGUUUUGUAGUGUUAUGGCAACAAUUAUGUUUUAUACUCAUCAAGACCAUUGGUAUUUAGAUUUACCGGAACGUUCAACUCAUUUAAGUGUUAAAGAAUUUUUCAGUUAUUUCACAUUGUCUUCAUAUCUUAUUCCUAUUGCAUGUGCAGUAUGUUUAGAGAUUGCAAAAACACUUCAAUCAUUAUUUAUGAAAUGGGAUAGUGAAUUCAAAUAUCAAACUAAUGAAGGAGAAAAAGGAAUUGUUGUUCGGUGUACAGCAAUGAAUGAUGAAUUAGGAUUUAUUGAAUAUAUUUUAACUGACAAAACUGGAACAUUAACAGAAAAUGAAAUGAAUUUUGUAGAAUGUAUUAUAGAUGGACAAACAUUUAAAGAAAACCAACUUGGUGUUGCUUGUGGAUUAAUUGAUAAUGGAAUUGGAACUCCUAAGAAUGAACAAAUAGAUAGUAAUAAAAUUCUUGACUUUAUUUAUUGUAUGGCGUUAUGCCAUAAUGCCACUGUUGUCAAUGAAAAAUAUAAAUCUCCAUCCCCCGAUGAAGAGGCUUUAUUACGUGCUGCAGAAAUAAAUGGAGUAAAAUUUACUCAAAGACUUCAAUCAUCAUUAAAAAUUAAACAUCCAAAUGAAGAAGUAGUAAAUAUUUUAGCUGUAUUUCCUUUCAGUUCAGAAAGGGCUCGUUCAAGUGUAUUAGUUAAAAUUGGAGAAAGAAUUGUUUUAUUUACAAAAGGGGCAGAUCAUGUAAUUAAUGGAUUAUGUGCUUCAGGUGAAUUUUGUGAUGUUAAGCCAUUAGCUGAACAAGGUUUAAGAACAUUAGUAUUAUGUAAAAGAGAAAUUACUAAAGAAUUUUAUGAGGAAUGGAAUAAAACUUGGGAAGAAGCACAAGGUAAAUUAGAAGGAAGAGAGGAUGCAAUUAAAAAAGCUAUUUCAAUAAUGGAGAAAGACCUUAAUGUCUUAGGAUGUUCAGGUGUUCAAGAUGAACUUCAAGAAGGUGUUCCUGAAACACUCCAAAUGCUAAAUGAAGCAGGAAUUAAAAUAUGGGUUAUUACAGGAGAUAAAGAGGAAACUGGAAUUGCUGUUGGUAGAGCAUGUGGAUUACUCAAUGGAUGUGAAUUAAUUUAUGUUAAUGGUAAAGAUAAAGAAGAAUGUAAUAAAAUGCUUGAAGAAGCUCAAACAAAAUUAAGUAAUGAAAAAAAUAAUAAGCAUGCAUUAAUUAUCACUGCUCAUUCUAUUGAUAUAUGCGUUGAAGAAUGUAAAAAAAUAUUUAAAGAAGUUGCUAUGAAUAUAGAGGUUGUAAUGUGUUGUAGGUCAAUGCCAUUACAAAAAGCUAAAAUUGCAAGACACGUUAGACAAAUAACCAAAAAGAAAUGUUUAGCUGUAGGUGAUGGAGCAAAUGAUAUUCCUAUGAUUAAUGCAGCUAGUGUUGGAGUUGGAAUAUAUGGAAAAGAAGGAAGUCAAGCAGCACGUUCUGCUGAUUAUUCAAUUUAUAGAUUUAAACAUUUAGGAAAAUUAAUUCUUUAUCAUGGAAGAAUGUCAUUAUAUAGAAAUACAUCAUUAAUCAAAUUAAUCUUCUUCAAAAAUGCUGCUUUCUUCUUACAUCUUUUAUGGUUUGCAUGUAUUUGUAUGUUUACAUCACAGAGAUUAUAUGAUGAUUAUAUGAUGGCAUUAUAUAAUUUCAUAUUUACUUCAAUUCCUCCUGUAUUUAUUUCUUUCUUUGAUUCUGAUUUAUCGUGGAAAGAAAUUAAAGAACAUCCACAAGUGAAUAGAGAAUUAAUUAGAACUAAAAGAGGUAAUUUAUUAUCUUAUAUUGGAUGGUUUAUAUAUGGAACAUACCAAUCAAUGAUUUAUUUCUAUUUAAUGAUUGUAUUUACUUCUAACGAUGUCAUGACAUUAAAUGGAAAAACUUCAGGAAUGGUUGGAGCAAGUGCUAUUGUAACAACUUAUACUACAUUAGGUGUUGUUGCUACAUUUGCUACUACUGUUAAAAGGUGGAAUGGACUAAUCAUUUUUGGAUUUUUGGUUUCAGUUGGAUCCUUCUUCUUCACUUAUUUCUUCUUAGCUUCAUUCAGUGGGGCAACUAGAGAAAAUAUGAGUUAUUUUUCAUUAUGGAGGGCAUUACAAAUGCCAUACUUCUACUUAUCUAGCUUAUUGGCUAUUAUUCUCGCUAUCACUCCAAACAUUCUUAAGUCUUUCUUAAGUAGGUAUAUUAAUCCUCAAAAUUAUGAACUUAUUCAAGUCUUUUCUAAAACAAAAGAUGAUACGCUUAAGAAAGAAACAAAAGAACAAGGAAGUGGAUAUACUAUGUUUCAUGAUAAAUAA